ACCAAACACUCCCAGUUCCCAACGGCAAAACCCUUUCUAUUUAUUUGCCGCGCAAUAAUAAUUCCUAGUUUCUAGUAACCCCCGGGACUUAACAGUCCCAAAAAGGAAACCCCUUGUUUCGAAAAGAAAUUUCUAGGGCAUCAUAAAAUUCUCAUCGAUUUAAACACAAAAAAAAAGUUUCAAUCUUGAAUCUUUAUUCUGUUUUUCUAAUGGAUUCUUCAUCAACAAUGGAUAUCUCAACAGGGAUAAUAAACCCUUUGAAGAGGAAAUUUCAAGACAUGGAAGAAUCAUCAAACCCUAAUGGUUUGAUCAAUAGUGGGGGUGAUGAUUCUGAUCAAAAAGAGCUUAAUUUGGAUUUGAACAUCAAAGAUGUUGAUAUAAGAAGUUAUCAAAGGAAGGUAUUUGAAGUAGCUGUGAGGAGGAAUACAAUUGCUGUAUUGGAUACUGGGUCUGGGAAAACAAUGAUUGCUGUUAUGUUGAUUCAGCAUAUUGGGAUGAAUAAAGAAGAUGGGAAAUUGAUGAUUUUUCUUGCUCCUACUGUUCAUCUUGUUACUCAGCAAGCUGAAGUGUUAAGGAUCAACACAGACUUUAAAGUGGAGGAAUACUAUGGAGCUAAGGGGGUUGAUGUGUGGACUGCAGAACAUUGGGAGAACGAAAGAAAAAAGAAUGAUGUAAUGGUAAUGACCCCUCAGAUUCUAUUGGAUGCUAUGAGGAAAGCAUUCCUUAGUCUAGAUAAUGUGCGUCUACUGGUGUUUGACGAAUGUCAUCGUACCACUGGAAACCAUGCUUAUGCAAAAAUAAUGAAGGAGUUCUAUCACAGGUCUGCAAACAAGCCAAAAAUAUUUGGAAUGACCGCUUCCCCUGUUACAAAGAAAGGUAAUUCGUCUGCGGAAAACUGUAAUGACCAAAUGGCUUCACUAGAAAGCGUCUUAGACUCCAAGAUUUAUACAGUAGAAGACCGAAAUGAAGUAGAACUGUUUGUUCCUUCCGCUAAAGAAAUCAAAAGAUACUAUGACCCUAGCAAGUUCUCUCAUGAAGAUUUGAAAACACAGCUGAAAUCUUCCUGGUCAAAGUUUGACAGUUUAUUGGUUAAAGCACAAAAUUUGAAGUCAAGUCAGUUUAGAGACGUUGAUGAAACAUUUAAAGCAUUGAAAAAGAAGUUGUCUAGUUACUAUCUGAAGAUUGUAUAUUGCCUUGAAGAUCUUGGCCUUCUAUGUGCACAUGAGGCUGCUAAAGUCUCCAUAGAAAGUAUUUGUGUUUCCGACAUUUCAAUGGAGUGCGAAUUGUAUCAAGAAUGUUUUGUGCAGUGUAGAUACUUUCUUGAAGAGGUUUUGCUUAUACUUGAAAAAUCUUUGCCGCCUGGUAGUGACAAGCUUUUCAAUAUAGAAUCUAGCAUUUCAGAUGCAUCUAAAAAGGGUUAUAUAACUCCCAAGUUAUAUGGGCUCGUUCAAACAUUUCAAUCCUUCGGGGAUGUUAAAGAUUUACUCUGCCUAAUCUUUGUUGAAAGGAUCAUCACAGCAAAAGUGAUUGAAAGAUUUAUGAGGAAAGUAAGUUACCUAUCUCAUUUCACAGUUGCAUAUCUGACUGGAGGAAAUGGUGCGAUGGAUGCACUGAAACCAAAAGUACAGAAAGAGACUUUGGAUGCAUUUCGCUCUGGGAAGAUAAACUUGUUGUUCACUACUGAUGUGGCUGAGGAGGGACUACAUAUACCUAAUUGCUCCCGUGUUGUAAGGUUUGAUCUACCUAAAACAGUUCGUAGCUAUGUUCAGUCUCGUGGUCGAGCUCGGCAGAGUGAUUCACAGUACAUCUUGAUGCUUGAAAGGGGAAACACAAUCCAGAGAGAUUUGUUAUUUGAUGUUAUCAAGAGCGAGCAAUCUAUGACAUCUGCCGCUUCACAUAGAGAUCCGGAUGCUGGCAUUACUAAGUUAUGUUGCGGUGAAGAGACUGAGCCUUAUUAUGUGGAGUCUACUGGAGCAUCGGUGACUGUUGAUUCUAGUGUUAGUCUCAUCUAUAGAUACUGUGAAAAGCUACCUGGAGACAAGUACUUUUCUCCGAAGCCUAUUUUUCAACUUUCAUUAUUUGGAGGCGCCUAUGAAUGUAUAUUGAUUUUACCCCCUAAUGCGCCGUUUCAAAGAUUAGUUGGUCCUAGUGUUAUAAAUUCACACUUGUCGAAGCAGUUGGUAUGUCUUGAAGCAUGCAAGAAACUACAUCAAAUGGGAGCUCUUGACGAUCAUCUCCUUCCUUGUAUUGAAGAGCCUCUGGAAAAUGAUCUCAUCAAGAGCAAUAAACCUUAUUCUUCGGCUGCUGGGACAACAAAAAGAAAAGAAUUACAUGGGACAACAAUUGUCCGUGCUUUAUCUGGAUUUUGGGCGGAGAAUUUGAACGGCGUCACUUUGCAUGCAUAUAAAUUAGAUUUUGCUUGUGAUCAGGUUGACGUAUUCUACUCUAGCUUUGUUCUCUUGCUUGAGCCAAAACUAGAUGAUGAUGUAGCAAAUGCUGAGGUGGAACUUUUUUCGAUCCCUAACAAGUUAAUCAAGUCUUCUGUGACCCCAUGUGGACAAUUCCACCUGGACAUGGAGCAGGUGAAGAAAGCAAAGAUUUUUCAGGAACUUUUUUUCAAUGGUUUAUUUGGAAAGCUUUUUGUUGGAUCGAAAUCAACUGGAAUUAAAAGAGAAUUCUUACUUAAGAAAGACACAAGCUCUUUCUGGAGCAAUUCAAAUUUGUAUAUGCUUUUACCGCUUGAAUCAACUGUUCCAAGUCAUGAAUCUUUGAGAAUCAACUGGGGAGAAAUUAGUGCAAGUAACUCAGCAGUUGAGUUUAUGAAGACACAUUCUGUGGAAGAUAAUAACUGUUCCUCCAAUUCUAAUACGGAUAAUUCAUCAUUUGGGACUGAAUGCAAGAGCUCAGAAGAUUCCAUCAAUUUGGCUGAUUGUUCAGUUGAUAAAAACUCAGUAAAAGACAUGGUCGUCUUGGCAAUUCACACUGGAAAACUUUAUUCUGUCCUUGAGGUGAUGGCUGAUAAAUCUUCUGAGACUUCAUUUGAUGGAAACACAGAUGAGGCUCCAUCAAGCUACACUUCCUUCAGGGAUUACUUUAGUAAAAAGUAUGGCAUUGAGCUGAAGCAUCCAGAACAGCCCCUGUUUUUAUUGAAGCAAAGCCAUAACCCACACAAUCUUCUUCUUACAAAGGAUACUUAUGAAGGUGCUCCAACGAACAAGAAGAAAAAGAAAGGUAGCUCUAACAGGAUGGUAGAGAAGCCCCUGUUUACUAUUCACAUGCCUCCGGAGCUUCUAGUUAAAGUCGGUGUAUCAAUAAGCGUCUUAAAAUCUUUUUACUUGCUACCAUCUUUAAUGCAUCGGCUGGAGUCUCUAAUGCUGGCCAACCAACUUAGAGAAGAAAUUUCUUGUCCUUCUAACAGUACCCUCAUAUCAAGCACUCUGGUACUGGAAGCAAUUACUACACUCAGGUGUUGUGAAAAGUUCUCUCUCGAGCGCUUGGAAUUGUUGGGUGAUUCCAUACUGAAAUAUGCUGUUACUUGCUAUCUAUUUCUCAAAUACCCGGGGAAGCAUGAAGGGCAGUUAUCUUCCCAGAGAUCGCACGCCGUUUGUAACUUAACAUUACAUAAGUGUGGGACAAACCGAAAAAUACAGGGCUAUAUACGAGACAGUGCGUUUGAUCCACGUCGUUGGGUCGCUCCAGGACAACGUUCUAUACGUGCACCUGUUCCUUGUCUUUGUGGCGUAGAUACUUGUGAAGUGCCUUUAGACAGUAGAUAUGAAACUGAUGAUGCCUCUGUUAUGGUUGGAAAGCCUUGCGAUAGCGGUCACAGGUGGAUGUGCUCCAAGACUAUAGCAGAUUGUGUUGAAGCACUGAUAGGAGCAUACUAUGUUGGUGGUGGAUUAAGUGCUGCAUUCCAUGUGAUGAAAUGGUUAGGUAUCCCUUGCGAGUUUGAGCCAUCAUUAGUUGAUGAAGCCAUCAAUAAAGCAUGUCUGUUAUGUCCUGCGCCAAAAGUGGAUGAAUUCAACAUGCUAGAGUCAAAACUUGGAUAUAACUUUUCCGUCAAGGGUCUUUUGUUGGAAGCAAUUACACAUGCAUCUUAUCAGCAAGAAGUUGGGGUUGGUUUUUGUUAUCAGAGACUUGAAUUUCUCGGCGAUUCUGUGCUGGAUGUGCUUAUUACUUUGCACCUUUUCGAAAACCACACAGAUGUUGAUCCAGGGGAGUUGACUGAUUUACGUUCGGCUUCUGUUAAUAACGAAAAUUUUGCUCAAACUGUCGUUAAGCAUAAUAUUCAACAACAUCUUCAUCACUCUUCUGGACUUCUAUGCGAACAAAUAACAGCAUAUGCACAGUCUGUCCAGAAGUCCAAGAAAACCCAAGGAAUUAAAUGCCCCAAAGCUCUUGGAGACUUGUUAGAGAGUAUAACAGGGGCAGUUUUAUUGGACACUAAACUUAACCUUGAUAUUGUCUGGAAAGUAUUUAAACCACUACUCUCUCCGAUUGUUACACCUGAGAAACUUGAGUUGCCUCCAUAUCGAGAACUAAUUGAACUAUGUAGCCAUUAUGGGUUCUCUUUAAAAGACACAUUGACAAAGAAUGGGGAAAUGGUUCAUGCUGAGCUUCGCUUACAAACAAAAGAUGUUCUGUUGAUACGAGAGGGAUCUGAUAGAACCAGAAAGACUGCUAAAGGCCAGGCAGCUGUUCAUUUAUUAAAAGACUUGGAGGCUAGAGGCAUCCUCCAUGUACGAUAUGAUUAUAUGGAAAAGGCUCAUGAAACACAAUCUCGCGAAGGUUCCCCUACUAACAUGAAUAUCGACAUCUGCCAAAAGUCAAAUGUUGAAAAUUACGCUGGCCCUGUUAGUAAAAAGAUAAAGACAGCAGAAGGCGCAAUACCUGUGAAACCAACUUCUGACAAAUCCAGUUCCGAGGACUCUUUAGUUAAUGUCAUAAUUAAUAUGAAGAAAGGAGGUCCCCGAACAUCUCUUUACGAGCUCUGUAAAAGUUUGCAGUGGUCAACGCCAACAUUCCAAUUCGAAGAAUACAAGUCCAAAACUGAAAUGAUAUUUGGUGAAGGUUCAGAAAGACGGACAGGUUUUAAUGCCUAUACGUCAACAAUAACCUUGAACAUACCGAACUCAGAUGCUAUUAAAUUGGCAGGUGAACAAAGAGCUGAUAAGAAAACUUCUAUGGAUUCUGCAGCACUUCGUAUGCUUUACGAACUUGGUAGACUAGGGAAAUGCUUGAUCACCAAUCUGUAAUAAAGCUUUGUAUGUAAAUUAAUUCGUGCAUAUUUGCUUGGCGAAAUGGAAGGACAAACAAAUGUGUGUCAUAGCCCAUCAUAAUCUGUAUUAUUAUUGUUUCUCUCUUCCAUAGCUUUUCGUAUGCAAUAAAUUAACCUUUGUAUCCUCCCAGUUGAUGCGAAUACUCUUGUUUUUCUUUACCGGA